AGGAAGCGAGCUUGCAGUCCACCCCCGGGCAGAGAAAUAGGAGUCGCCUUGGUACUUUAACGUCGCAGAGAGUCGAAAACACGAGAAAGCGAUGUGGCGGUCUCGUGCGUGUUUGGCUGGCUUCACGAUGAAGUACAAAAAAGGUACUGGCCUGUGGGACGAGGACCACGUAAAUGACUUCAACGCUAACAAGUACAUGUCCGCGCGGUCUACCAUGCGCUGGUACUACGGGAUGGAGCGGCUGCAGACGCGCAACACCCUCAACGCACGUCGUAGCACGCAGAGCCACAAUAACAACAAGGGUUUGCACCACAGCGGCCGCGGCGCCUUCGAGCGCGAGUUGGAGCGCCGCGACAUUCCGGUUGACAAGUACCCGCUGACGACGACCACCGGUGCGGCGCGUGUGGCCGAAAUGGUCCUGCUGCGCCGCGCGGAACUCGAGAAGCAGGCGAAGGUCGCGAUGGAGAAGCAACGCAGCGAGCUGCGACGUGAUGCGCCGUCGGAGUGGUACGACGAGACGGACGGGCCUCUCAAUCCGCGUUUUCUAGUAAGCAUGCAAAGCAACUACACGAAGACGAUCACGGAGCUGCCCAAUGAGCCCAUCACGCGUGCGUGA